AUUGCCACUGAAACCGAUGCCGAGACUGACCUAGAUGGCGACAUCGACUGCGACAUUGAUGUUGACAUGGAAUGUGACAUUGAUGUUGAGGCAGACACUGAUAUUAAUGCCGAGAUUGACCUAGAUGGCGACAUUGAUGUUGUAGUAGAAGUUGACAUGGAAUCUGACAUCGAUGUUGAAAGAGACAGUGAAGUUGAUGGUGAAGCUGACAUAGAUGGUGACAUCGACGGUGAACUAGCCGUUGAAUUAGACGCUGAGGCUCGAGUAGAUGGCGACAUCGACUGCGAUAUUGAUGUUGACAUGGAAUUUGACAUUGAUGUUGAGGCAGACACUGAAGUUAAUGUCGAGGCUGAAGUAGAUGGCGACAAUGACGUUGACAUUGACUGCGAUAUUGAUGUUGACAUGGAAUUUGACACUGGUGUUGAGGCAGAAAUUGAGGUUGAUGUCGAGGCUGAAGUAGAUGGCGACAAUGACGUUGACAUUGACUGCGAUAUUGAUGUAGAUAUGGAAUGUGACAUCGAUGUUGAGGCAGACACUGAAGUUGAUGUCGAGGCUGAAGUAGAUGGCGACAAUGACGUUGACAUUGACUGCGAUAUUGAUGUUGAUAUGGAAUGUGACAUCGAUGUUGAGGCAGACACUGAAGUUGAUGUCGAGGCUGAAGUAGAUGGCGACAAUGACGUUGACAUUGACUGCGAUAUUGAUGUAGAUAUGGAAUGUGACAUCGAUGUUGAGGCAGACACUGAAGUUGAUGUCGAGGCUGAAGUAGAUGGCGACAAUGACGUUGACAUUGACUGCGAUAUUGAUGUUGACAUGGAAUUUGACAUUGAUGUUGAGGCAGACACUGAAGUUAAUGUCGAGGCUGAAGUAGAUGGCGACAAUGACGUUGACAUUGACUGCGAUAUUGAUGUUGACAUGGAAUUUGACACUGGUGUUGAGGCAGAAAUUGAGGUUGAUGUCGAGGCUGAAGUAGAUGGCGAUAAUGACGUUGACAUUGACUGCGAUAUUGAUGUAGAUAUGGAAUGUGACAUCGAUGUUGAGGCAGACACUGAAGUUGAUGUCGAGGCUGAAGUAGAUGGCGACAAUGACGUUGACAUUGACUGCGAUAUUGAUGUAGAUAUGGAAUGUGACAUCGAUGUUGAGGCAGACACUGAAGUUGAUGUCGAGGCUGAAGUAGAUGGCGACAAUGACGUUGACAUUGACUGCGAUAUUGAUGUUGACAUGGAAUUUGACAUUGAUGUUGAGGCAGACACUGAAGUUAAUGUCGAGGCUGAAGUAGAUGGCGACAAUGACGUUGACAUUGACUGCGAUAUUGAUGUUGACAUGGAAUGUGACAUUGAUGUUGAGGCAGACACUGAAGUUAAUGUCGAGGCUGAAGUAGAUGGCGACAAUGACGUUGACAUUGACUGCGAUAUUGAUGUUGACAUGGAAUUUGACAUUGAUGUUGAGGCAGACACUGAAGCUGAUGUCGAGGCUGAAGUAAAUGGCGACAAUGACGUUGACAUUGACUGCGAUAUUGAUGUAGAUAUGGAAUGUGACAUUGAUGUUGAGACAGACACUGAUGUUGACGCCGAGGCUGAGGUAGAUGGUGAUAUAGAUUGCGACAACGAUAUUGAAUUAGACAAGGAACUUGAUGUUGACGGCGGAGCUGAAACAAAA